AUGCGUCCCACACCCUCUCUACUCGCAAUCACAACGGUGCUAGCCACCCUCUCCCUCGCCGCUCCCACCGGACAAGAAAAAAACACAACCACAUCUCCUCCCUACAAGCUAGUCGAUGACCUCUCUUACACAAACUUCUUCACCGCAUUCGACUUCUUUUCCGGCCCAGAUCCGACAGAGGGCUUCGUCCAGUACCAAGACCGUGAGGCCGCCAUAGUCCAGAAUCUUGUCGGCUUCCUCAACGACACUCAGUCCGUCUUCAUGGGUGUCGACUACACGACCCAGGAUCCGCGGGGCCGGGCUAGCGUCCGCCUGGAAUCUAGAAAGACGUGGAAUCAGGGACUGUUGGUGGCGGAUAUUAGACAUAUGCCCGCCAGUAUUUGUGGGACGUGGCCGGCUUUCUGGCUGUUGUCAGGGAAGAACAAGGAUGGCGGAGAGCAAGAUGGCGAAGAACUCCCCUGGCCCACGGGCGGCGAAAUCGAUAUCCUAGAGGGUGUAAACGACUACACAACCAAUGCCGUAACCCUGCACACCUCCAAGGGCUGCAUCGUCGACAACUCCACCACCGACACCACCCUCACCGGUUCUACAACCGACGCCUCCACCCCAAUCUCCUUCACCGGCACCCUCAAAACAGAAAACUGCGACGUCGACGCACCGGGCCAGGUUCAAAACGCAGGCUGCUCCAUUCACGCCCCUGCAACCCUUCCCCUUGACCCCCAGCUCCAACCGCCCCCAUACACCCGCACCCCACUCCCUUCCUAUGGCACACCCUUCAACACCGCCGGCGGCGGCAUCUACGCCAUGGAAUGGACAAACUCCUCAAUAAGUAUCUGGUUCAUCCCCCGCACCUCCACCUUCACCCCCUCCACCCACAACCUCCCCCUCCACCCCGACCCUUCCUCCUGGGGUCCCCCUCUCGCACACUUCUCCGGCUCUGGAUGUCCCCUUUCCACUCGCUUCAAACAUCUCAAGAUCAUAUUUGAUACGACGUUUUGCGGGCAGUGGGCUGGUCGCGAGUGGGAGCGCGGCGGGUGCCGGGCGAGCACGGGGGUGCGGACUUGUGAGGAGUAUGUGUGGGCGCAUCCGGGGGUGUUUGAGGAGGCGUAUUGGGAGGUUGCGGGGUUGGGGUGGUUUCAGCGGGGGUGA